CAGUUUUAAAAUAGACCAUUCAUUGAAGGUGCGCCUUAUACUCCGAAGCACUUUAUAGUGCGGAAAAUACGACAGCCAAAAGAAAUUGCACGUUAAAGUUAAAUAAACGGUGUACUUCCAAUAAAAACACACGCAGUCUCGCACAAACAUAUCUUGCUCUCAACUAGUCAUGUCUUUGGUUCUCUCCCAGGAUGUGUUCUUGAUAUGCUUCUCCCUGGUCAGUCCGGCUUCCUUUGAGAACGUCCGAGCUAAGUGGUACCCUGAAGUGAGACAUCAUUGCCCCAACACGCCCAUUAUCCUUGUGGGCACCAAACUAGACUUGCGAGAUGACAAGGAUACCAUUGAGAGGCUGCGGGACAAGAAGCUCUCCCCCAUCACCUACCCACAGGGUUUGGCCAUGGCAAGAGAGAUUGGAGCUGUAAAGUACCUCGAGUGUUCUGCGCUGACCCAGCGAGGUCUGAAGACAGUGUUCGACGAGGCCAUCCGAGCCGUGCUCUGCCCCCCGCCUGUGAAGAAGAGGGGAAAGAGGUGCACCAUAUUCUGAGAAGACGAUCGUGAAAAAAAAAAAAACAUGUCAACUGCAAGUCAUUAAACAAGAACCACUACAUCUGUAGGAUGACGAGGAGAGGAAACUAGCUCGAGUGGGUGUGCACUGCUAAGAUUGCUUUCUUUCUAUUGAUGUUUUUUUUUUCAAAGCGAUAUUGGUCACAGGACCGAUAUUUCUCUUGAUUGUGUUCUCAUUACUGAAUAAGGUCAAAAUACAUUGACCUGCAGUACUUUGUAUCCAUAGAACCACACCGAGUUCCCAUGAGGGCUAUAACAAAGGUUUCUAUUCCUCGUCUGACACAGCUACGUUCCCGUCUUUCGUAGUCCUGCUUGCUUGAAUGAAUGCCGUGUUGAGCGAUAGAACGUGAACUGUGAACUUGUCUUAAAAAUGCCGGAGUCAAUUCUUAGAUUAGGAGAUUACGGUGAGGAACUACUUGAAGAUUUAGCCGCCAAUAAAACUAGUCCUUGGAUUACAAUUCAACCCUUUCACACAACCUGUAACCUGGUAACAUGAUAAACUGU